AUGUCUGACAGGUACAGCACUUGGGAACCUGAAGAGAACAUCCUGGCCUCCCGGCUCAUUGCAGCUUUUGAGCAAAAGGAACGGGAGCGGGAGCUGUAUGGGCCUAAGAAGAGAGGACCCAAGCCUAAAACUUUCCUCCUGAAGGCUCGGGCCCAAGCGGAGGCCCUCCACAUUGGGGAUGUGCACUUCUCUGUCAAGCCUGGCUCCAGCACCUCGUCACCCAAGCUCCACUCCAGUGCCGCUGUACACCGGCUCAAGAAGGACAUCCGGAGAUGCCACCGCAUGUCCCGCCGCCCCCUGCCCCGCCCGGACCCCCAAAACAGCGGGAGUAUGGGCGGGGCAACCGGCAUCCGUCCUCCAGUCUCGCCUUUCUCGGAGACCGUCCGCAUCAUCAACCGCAAGGUGAAGCCUCGUGAGCCCAAGCGCAGCCGCAUCAUCCUCAACCUAAAGGUCAUUGAUAAGGGGGGGAAGACCACCAAUGGGUCAGGGGCACUGGCUCGGCCAAAGAUCCCCUCCAGAAACCGUGUCAUCGGCAAGAGUAAGAAGUUCAGUGAGAGCGUCCUCCGCUCCCAGAUCCGCCACAUGAAGUUCGGCACCUUCUCUCUCUAUAACAAGCCGUCCGCCACGCCAGCCUCAUCACUGGAGGGGAAGACGGAAGCAGAGGGUUCCCAAGCAGCCUCCUGUGGGCUGAUCGUGGGCUCCACCCCUUACGAUGCCCGCAGCUCCAGCUCCUCCGGCUGUCCCUCACCCACCCCUCACUCCUCAUCUGACCCAGACGAUUCUCCCCCAAAGCUGCUUCCCGAGACCCUCAGCCCUGCCAUCCCUGACUGGCGAGAGUCAGAAGUGCUCGACCUCUCCAUCCCGCCCGAGUCAGCAGCAACCAGCAAGCGGUCACCCCAGGGGGGAUGUGGCGGGGGCCAGACACCACCAUCAUCAUCCCUCUCCUCCUCCGACCCAGAGCAAGAGGCAGGCGACUGGCGCCCCGAGAUGUCCCCAUGCUCUAAUGUGGUGGUCACGGAUGUCACCAGCAACCUCCUGACGGUCACCAUCAAGGAGUUCUGCAAUGCGGAGGAUUUCGAGAAGGUGGCAGCGGGUGGAGGAGGUGGCGGUAGCAGCAGCAAGUGAGCAGCUGGAUCCCUGUGCCGGGGUGGGGGAGGCUCUGCUGCGAGAAGUCAUGGUGUGAAUGGCUUGUGGUUAGUUUUCUUCUUCUCCCCCCUUCCCUCUCCCUUUUUUUUUUUUUUUUUUUUUUUGUGGGUUUUUUUUCUUUUUCCUUCCUGCUUGGAGACUGGGGUGGGAUGGGGGUGAGGGAGGCUAGAAAUCUGAGGUUCCCAGAUGUCACCGCUGUGAGUGGGUGGGGUGGGAAGCUAUUGAUCCUCAAGGAACAUGUCAAAUUGGUGUGGAGCCUGGGGGGUGGGGAGAAUGUGCGUGUGUAUGUGUGUUUGGGGCAGGGAAGGAUCUCCCCACCACCCUACCUGAAGGUGCUGGUGAGCUUUUGCUCUUGGUAGGGAGGGCAAGGGGUGUCAAAAAGGGAGCCCAUGACAAGUACAUGGUCCCUUCUGGUUCUUCUCCUUGUCUUCUGAGGCAGCUCCUAAUCUUGUCCCCUUUCUGUGGUAUGGAUUGGCUCUCUCCUGCCAUCUGGCCAAUGAUACCUGACAUCAUCAGAAAGACGGACAGGAGAUCAGACCAUAAAGCAUUGUGGCCAGAACCCAAUUGCAGCACAGCCCACAUAUGGGUGUCUGCUCUUGCAGUUCAUGACCCAGGCUCACUUCCUUCUUGCUCUUAUGAUUGGUGCUAACUUGGCAGUUGUAUGGGCAUUUUGAGACCACCUGGGCCCUUACUCCUUCCUUUCUUCUGCUUCUUCCCUCCUGGAUCUUCCAAUAUGUUCAGCCUCUUUGGGACUGUUGCUUCCAUUCUGGAUCUUCCUCCUAGUGUUCAUCACUUGCACUGGCUUGGGUACAGGGCAUAAAGUAGCCUUCCUAAGCUUUUCCGUGGUGGAAGUGGGAGAACUGCACAUCCGUCCUUCAGUCCAGGGGGAGAAAUGUACUUGGAGUGAUGGUGCCCCAGCAGGGUGUGGCCAACAGGUCAUCUUGCACAGAGCUCCACCAAAUCAUUUUACUAUCCUUGCCCUGCUGGUGGCAGGAAGGUGGUCUCCUCGGUUUGAUCUGUUCGGUUGGUGCACUGGAGUGGAUUCACCUCUGCCUUUCCAAGGUCUGAAAUUGCCUCUACAAUUGUCAACCAAAGGUGCUAAGAACCUGUUGUAAGACUUACUGGGUCUCUUACACAUGUGCACGAGUGUGUGUGCAUGCAUAUGCUUCUCCCAACUCCCUAGUUUCUUACUGAACAUGAUUAAAAAAAAAAAAAAAUCUGAAAUCACCCCCACCCCUUGCACCUGGGAGCAGGUGAGUGCAGCUUCCAUCAUUCCCCUUCCCCUCUGUGCUGUUAAUUUCCAAGCCACAAAAGCACUCUACUCUGCUGUUUGUGAAUGAGCUUGGUGGUAAGAUGCCCUUCUUUUGUUUUUUCCGCUGGUGUGGUGCUGAAUCUGAGGAAAGCGGAGACAAGGGGAAGAGAGGCUGAUACAGUCCAUCUUUGUUUGUGUCCUUGCAUCUGCCUUGAUACCAUUUUUGUGAGUGGGAGGGUAUUGGGCCCUCUCAUCAUAGGACCCAUACAUUUAUCUUACCUUUUAUAUGCAUGUGGAGUGGGUGGGAAUGUGGGAAAGGAACUCUGUCCAGAUGGCUCAUCAUCACCCAAAGAGCAGAUUGAACUGGGUGGAGUUCACACUUCUUGCAGGUGGCCAUCAGAAUUCAGGUUCUAAUCUGAAACAAGUGUCCACAGGGAUUUGCAUCAAAACUACAAGAAGUGCAAAUUAAAACCAGUUUAAUUCAAGCUGCAUGUCAGCCAUCUGAGAGAUGCUUCCAGGUGCUGUUAUUCUCACCCUGUGUGCACAUUAUUAUUAUUAUUUUUUUAACACACAAUAUUUAGCAGCUAUGUUUGCAGGGGAGUGGGGAGAAGGAGUUUUUUUUUCCCCCCCAUUCAUUCACCAAUUCAAGGCUUCCUGUAAUGUGUGUGUGUAUGCGUAUGUAUGUGUGUAUUAAUAUCUGCCUGUUGUCUUUGUGGGUUUUGAGUUUUUUGCAUCUUUCUUUCACCUUGCGCACCCAGGAUUCUCUUAUUUCUUGACAGCUUAUUCUUAUGGCUGCAGCUUCAAGGACAGGUGGCUUGGGACAGGGGAAGAAUAUCUAUAUUAGGGGAAAUAGCAAGGAGACCUGUAUUAAAAGGAAAAGUUUUUUAGAAAAUAAUUAUUUUAUGAGGCUGCAAGAUAAGAGGAACUAUUUUAUGGGGUAGAUGCAUACUGGCCAGUCACUUUUUUUUUAGUCGUUUGGUUACUGUUUGGCGUGUAUGUGGUGGUGUUCCUGUUUUGUGGUAAUGAAGUUCAGAAAUGUUCAAAAAAGUUUGUGGGAGAUAAAAAGGGAACUUGUAAUAGGAAACUCUUGACGUGUUUUAGCCAAGAAUUGUUUACUUGGCCAAAUUCUUUUUUUCCCCCCCCGCCCCCGGUGUCUGUUGUUCGGUGUUCUUGGAUAGUUUCCAAACUGAAGGGUUUUCGCCUUCCUCUGGAGUGAUGAAUAACAGGAUUGUCCAUUAGGAGCUGCAGAUGGGUCUGUUGUAGGGAACCUCUAUGAGGACCAGACAGUUGGUGACCCUUCUCUGCAGUUGGGAGGUGAGGGGGCUACUGGGCUUUGGAGGAACUUGCAUCCUAGAUCAACUUUGUAUUGGAAAGAAGUAUGAUCCAGUCAGCAGAAGUAGCUAGACCACUUUUGGGUGAUGUCCCUACCUUGAGUGGGUUAUCUGCAGGGACUGAACCUCUGGAUCUAAAAGCAUGAGCCUCUCUACUGCUUGAAUUAAGGACCAUCUCUGAGUGCAGUAGGACCCUCAAGCUUUGUGUGGUCCAGUUACCAGAGAUUGAUGAAGAUUUAUGCUGGUAUAAAAGUGGCUUUAUAUACUCACCUUUAUGAAUUUUUCUCCCCACUCUUACCGGGAGAUAGAAAGGAAGGUCCCACCCAUGCCCUUUAGAAAGGGCAUGAGGUCAGACGAGGGGUUUAUUCAAAAGCAUCCCCCCUCCCCCCUAAAAAAAGAAAACAAAUAAACAGGGAAGCAUUCUCUGUGUCUGUGCCAUGUAUGUUCUCUUGUUGUGUUUUUAGAGGAGAUUUUAUGAUGGAGUGGAAAAAGUGAAAUGACUAGUUUUGCAAAAAAGAGAAAAGUUAAAAAAAAAAUGACAUUUCUACAGGGAGAGAGAGAGAGUUUUAAAAUGAAUAAUAAAUGCAGUGAUUGCACAAACUGUAGUGGUAUUAGAUGGUCCUUAGAGAAGAGAGUAUUUUGUAGUAUUAAAGUGUUUGUGUGUCUGGGAUGGUCUUUGGCUCACUUAAACUGGAGAAGGAUGUUAAGGGUAAGCAGCAAUUUCUGAUCUGAAGAGGCAAGUCACAUUUUGGAGGAACCCUGGAUAUUUACCCUUCUCUUCGCCACUUCCCCAAACCUUGGAGUGACCUCCAUCCAGCAACCCUACCAGACCUAAGCCCCCUCCCCUAUCCACUCCUCUCCACAGAUAAGAUGGAGACUUUGAACUGUUGCCCCAUCCCUUCCUGGGUGCAAGGGUGCCAAAGUUGUAGCAGAAGUGGUAAAUCCUAUUCUGGCAGAGUCUAGGAGAGGCUGAUGGCAUGGAAACGGUCUGUUGACUUCCUCUGCCUGCAGGUUGUGCCACUGAGAUGUUCAGGCCAGCUUGCACCUUCCUUGCCAAAUAACCACCCCAGGCAGGAGUAGAAUAAAGGCAGCACAACUCCCCUCCUAGUCUCUUGGUCCCUGCCACCUAUCUAUAAGGCAAUGGCAUUUUACAUAUAGAAGGUUGGAGGUUUAAGACCCAGCUAGACAAAGCCUUGGCUGGGAUGAUCUAGUUGGGGCUUGUCCUCCUUUGAGCAGGGGGUUGGAUUAGAUGACCUCCUGAGGUCCCUUCCAGCCCUCAUUUUCUGUGAUUCUAAGUUGUCACCCCAGCAUUGAAAGAGCAGAGUCCCAUCUGAGUUGAUGUCCCAUCUCUGGCAGUGGCCAAUGCCAGAUCUUCAGAGGAAAGCGAAAACCCCUCUGUGUACUUGAAGUUUCAGACAGCUGGGGAGUGCCCUUUCCUUGGGAGUGCUGGGGUUCACAGGGUAUGGGGGGACAGUGGGUGACAUGGGGUGGGGGGUUGCCAGGAGCAGGGCUGUAUUCUGUUGGUGGGGUGCUGCUUCACUGUCUCUUGAAGUGAAAGAGGCUGCUGUUGCCAUCGCGCCUCACUUCUGCGCUGCGUGGCAGUCACCGGAUCUGUUGGGGUGACCGUAAGAAAGAAGACAACCAAACAUUGGCCUCUGAAUGUAACAGAAGUGAGUGGACGGAGGUCAUCUGGCAAAACGUUUUGUUUUGUUUUUUCCCUUGUCAGGGUCUCUCCUGUGCAUUCUGGGUAAAAACCAA